AUGGUAAACAACGCUAUUAAAAGUCUGAAAGAACGCGGCGGAUCGUCGCUGCAGGCGAUUAAGAAAUAUAUCGGGCACACUGAUUCAAAACAAAAGGCAAAGGUGCUUCGGUGUUCGUUCAAACUUGCCGCGAACGCUAAACAGAGCGGCGGCGAAAGCGGUGUUUCGGCUGGAAAAGCCAGGACCGCUAAGACGCCAGCGGCAAAAGCAAAAUCGAAGACAGCAAAGUCGAAGGGCGCCGCCAAACCUGCUUCGUCCCCUAAAAAGAAGUCUGCAUCCGCAGCGGGCACAUUAAAAAAGUCGUCGGCGAAACCUAAGACGACAGUCGAUAAGAAGAAGACCAUUCAGGGUAAGUCGACGAAAGCCUCAUCGGCCAAGGCAACGAGCAAAACGAAGAAAACCGUCAAGACCGCAGCCGCAAAGAAACCUAAAUCGCCAAAGAAGACAUCAAAAGUAGCCAAACCUUUGAAAAAAGCGUCACCGAAAAAGAAGUGA